AUGGAGACGGACAGGCAGACUGACACAGAGACGGACAGGCAGACUGACACAGCAACGGACAGGCAGACUGACACAGCAACGGACAGGCAGACUGACACAGAGACGGACAGGCAGACUGACACAGAGACGGACAGGCAGACUGACACAGAGACGGACAGGCAGACUGACACAGAGACGGACAGGCAGACUGACACAGAGACGGACAGGCAGACUGACACAGCAACGGACAGGCAGACUGACACAGCAACGGACAGGCAGACUGACACAGAGACGGACAGGCAGACUGACACAGCAACGGACAGGCAGACUGACACAGCAACGGACAGGCAGACUGACACAGCAACGGACAGGCAGACUGACACAGCAACGGACAGGCAGACUGACACAGCAACGGACAGGCAGACUGACACAGCAACGGACAGGCAGACUGACACAGCAACGGACAGGCAGACUGACACAGCAACGGACAGGCAGACUGACACAGCAACGGACAGGCAGACUGACACAGAGACGGACAGGCAGACUGACACAGCAACGGACAGGCAGACUGACACAGCAACGGACAGGCAGAUUGACACAGCAACGGACAGGCAGACUGACACAGAGACGGACAGGCAGACUGACACAGCAACGGACAGGCAGACUGACAAAGCAACGGACAGGCAGACUGACACAGCAACGGACAGGCAGACUGACACAGCAACGGACAGGCAGACUGACACAGCAACGGACAGGCAGACUGACACAGCAACGGACAGGCAGACUGACACAGAGACGGACAGGCAGACUGACACAGCAACGGACAGGCAGACUGACACACAGAGACGGACAGGAGAGCGGUGGCCCCACGCCAAUGAUCGCAAAAGAGAGGCCGACCGCCUCACGGGGGACGCUGACUCGUUCAUGCCGUGUGUUGUUAUGCUGUGUGCUAGCUUCCUUGCAGACAUUUUCAACAUCACCACAGACCAAGACAAUAUAUACAUAGCAGGUUCCAUCAAUGCCACUGUAAACCCUGUCAAUCCUACCAUCCUAUCAAAGUCUGAGAGCCAUAAUCAACAGGAGGACAAUGAUGCUGAAAGCAGGCACCUCAUGCAUAACAAGAAACAUAAAUCUAAUAACAAUAAAGGAUUUUAUGAGAAAUACACACCCAAGGCUGUGUCAAGAAUAGCAGGCAGCACAAGCAACAUGCCCAUCACUGGGACUCCAGUGGGUUGCAACACAUGCAACAACACUUGGUUGUUCCUGGUGAGAGGCACUCAGGAGCCUGGUGCAAGAUUAUCCAGGUGUGAGGGCAACAGUGCCAUCCCCAUAAAAACAAAGAUGGGUACCAUCACCAUCAGGGGCUCACCCACUAAGGUGGCAGCUGUCCAGCACUACAUCACAGCCCAUCUCUAA